AUGCAGGAAAUUAAAGUACAGAAAUCUGAUCUCUGCAUAGAAACUCUGAGUCAGCACCUGGAGUACCUUGGGCUCUGUGGAGAUGACACAGAAGCUGAAGAUCAGAUCCUUGAAAGUCUGAAUGGGAUUCUCCUGGCUCUUACUGAAGAUAAGCAGAGAUCCUUCAGCCUACUCAGGGAGAGUGGGAUCUUCCUAACUUUGGCAAAAAUCCUGAAGGGCAAUCCACGAUGUGCAGUGAAAGCAGCCCAGGUGCUUUCAGAGAUAGCCAAGAAUGAAGAAAUGAAGAAGCCGUGUAUUGAAGCAGAUUUGGUUCUAACUUUGAUACCUUUGCUGGAGAGCACAGACCAAGAAAUGUUGCUUCAUGCUGGGAGGGCUAUUGGCCGUAUCUGUUAUGAUAAUCGGGAUCUUCAGGAAGAGCUGGUGAAGGUAGGAGUAAUCACAUCACUAGUCCGAAUAUUAACUGAUUAUGCAGAGAGUGAACCACUUGUCCAUGUUGAUCUAUUGGCCUUAUGCAAUCUUGCAGACCUUGAUACAGCCAAGGAAGCUCUAAGCAAGACAAAGGUUGCUGAACAGCUGGUGAAGCAACUGAGAAGAGCAGAGAACCAUGAGAGGUUAGAAAUUGUCUUUGAGGUCCUGCAAGCACUUGCAGAAAAUGAUGCUCUGAAAGUGCAGUUGGUGGAGGCAGGCGUGCAAGAGGUGCUGUCCGAGAUCCUGCUGAGGCUCCAGGGUAGUUCACAAGCUGAAGAUACAUGCAUUGUGAAGGCUGCAUCAGAUCUCAUUGUCUCUCUGCUUCUUGGAGUCAUCAUUGAUUCGAAUCUCCCCACACAACAGUUCACUUUGGGGCUAAUUAUAAACAGACAUGAGAUGUUCUCUCUAUUUACCAUGCCGCAGAUAAGUACAUGCAGAAGUUUUUUUGCUAAGGGAUGUGGCAUCAUCUCCCAGAAUGUUGGUACUUGCAUCACAUCUAAACACAUGCAGCCUGAGACAGGAGCAACAGCUAUUGCUAAUUUUACAAAAACCGAUGGCAACUGUGUACGAAUGGUACAGCUGGGAGUCAUACAUCAGCUUCUGGAUCUUUUGGAGAAACACGUAGAGAGUGGGGACGUCUCUGUUCAACAUGCUGCACUCAGUGCACUUCGAAACCUUGCUAUACCAGUUGUUAACAAGGUUCAAAUGCUGGAGGAAGGUGUGGCAGAACGGAUUCAGGCACUUCUAAGGUCAGAGAUGCCUCCUGCGCAGUUUAAACUUCUUGGAACACUACGGAUGUUAGCAGAUGGUCAAGCUGACGCGGCUGAAAUCUUGGGCCAAGACCCCAUGCUGCUCAACAGACUUGUGCAGUGGUGCAAUGCCAACGACCCCACCGGCGUUCACGGAGAAGCAAAUCGGCUGCUAGCAUCGAUCUUGCGUCACAACAGAUCCCAAGAAGUGGUCAAAGCCAUCCAGGAGGCACAAGGAGUGAAGCAUCUGGUUUCCAUGAUGACAAGCAAACAUGCUGCCAUGCAGAAUGAGGCUCUGAAUGCCUUGGCAAUAGCAUCUACAAUCGAUUUAGGAACUCUUGAAGAAUCUUUUAAGGAAUCACAGCUAGUUCAAAGCUUACACAAACUUCUACAAGAUGAUAAUACAAGUCCUGAGGUGAAAUAUAAUUCAAUAGGCCUUUUGUGCAGUCUUCUUAAUUCAGGCGAUCUGAGACAAGAAAUAGAAGAGGACAAGAUUAAAGAAACCCUCGAACAACUCUGCAGUCACAGCAAUGCAAAUGUGGUCAAGGAAGCCGUCACAACAUUACAAGUUUUGAGAGGAGAGACACCGCACUAG